CUGGACUUGCUUUUUUCUCCCUCAAAUGCAAGCUCCCUUUCAGCAUGUAAAAUCAACUAUGUGCAUUGCAUAACCCUCCUCUCCACUAAUUAAUUCUCAUCUCUAUCUUCUCCACCACUACACUGUCAAAAGUUCCCAAUUAUCUCCAUCACUUCAUCUCUAUCUCCAUGGCUCAAACACCCCCUCCAAUUCCUCCAGUUACUAGUCCAAGCUCAAUCAGAACACUCUGUGAUCAAGACCCUCAUCAUGAUCAACUCCAACCCCAAAACCAUCUCAAUUCUAUGGUCAUCUUGGCAGCCAUUUUCUGUGCUUUUGUAUGUGCUCUUGGCCUCAAUUCCAUGUUACAAUGUGUUUUUCAGUGUGCCAACCGUGCCCUCACCGAACCGGUCCAAUGGGUAGCUUCACGCAGGCUUAAUUCAGGGCUUAAGAAGGAGGAAAUGGUAGCUUUGCCCACUUCAACUUAUAGUGCCAAUUUGAACACUUCUCCAUCAUCAUCAUCAUCUUCUUCUUCCGGUUGUGCUAUUUGUUUGGUGGACUUUUCUGAUGGGGACAAGAUAAGGGUCCUGCCCAAAUGCAACCAUUGGUUUCAUGUUGCAUGCAUUGACAAAUGGUUGCUCCACCACUCUUCUUGCCCUACUUGCAGGCAUAGGCUCAAGUCCAGUGGCUCCAUGCCCUCUCUUGCUGAAAUUGUCACAACCUAAGUGACUUAGGAGCUCAUGUUCAGCUUAAUUCAAAAUCACAGAUGGGAUCUGUUCUGCAGAAACUCGUGAACUUGUUUUGAGCUUCAUAUUUGUAUUUGGUUUUACUAUUUUCUCUUCCUGUCUUCUUAGAUUUUGUGAGUCAUUCUUUCCUUACGGGGUUCAGAAUGAAAGAAUUUUGUAUGUGUUUGGGUAGAAUAAUUCACCUUUAAUAAUGAAACU